UCGUUGUUGUUGUCGCCGCCGUCGUCGUCGGUUGUUGUCGUAUUGUUGUUGUUGCUGGCUCUCUGGUUCUUUUUUUUGCGUUAUUUUGUUGUUGCCGUCGUCCCGCCGCCUCCGCCUUCGCCGCCCCGCCCCCUUUUCGACUGUCUGUCUGCGUGUGAGCGUGUGUUGGUGUGUUGUGUCUGUGUCGCGCAUGUGACCGCCUCAGCUGCUGAAACUUCAAAACAAAUAUUGGAAAAUUCCGAAUAAAAGAGGUGUGCCAGUAAGCCGAGAGAACCGAAUGCAGAUUGAAAGCUAAAGUUCGAGGAAGCCAGCGGGAACCAAAACAAGGAAGCGAGCUCCUGUCCGUGUGAAGGACCUCCUGGGUCUGUGUGCGUGUGCGUGUGUGUGUGGGUGCGGCGACACCACUACCACUACCGCUAUCACUACCACUAAAGCAGCAUCGGCAGCAGCGGGCGAAAUACUUUUUGUGCCAAGGACUCGCCCUUUGUCUAUCUAUCCCACAUCCCUUGCACUCGUCGCGGAUUUUAGGAGGAACAGAUGGAGGAGGAAGCGCAGGAAUGAGGCGAUGUGAAGCAAAAGGACAACGAGGACAGCAAGGAGCACAACAAAGGCAAAACCGGAAGAAGGCCACCAAAUUGAAGAACACACACAUUUGAAGAAUUUUAAUCGAAAACUGCCAAGAAACAAGUAUAUUUACAAAUAUAUUUAUAUACCUUGUAAGAAACAAAACGAUCGUACAUUAAUAGUUCUAAAAAUAUAUAGAUACAUAUAUAGAGAAAUAUGUUAUAUAUUUACUAUGAAAUCGAGGAGCAUGGAAGCGAUACCCAGAAUAAUAAUCGAUGUAAAUAAAUGCUGCCAAUUCGAUAACACUGCGAAUUAAGAACUGCAACUGAGAUGCAUAGAACGCACAACAACAAUCCCAGAAAUACCACGAAUCCGCAAUCCAUGAAGAGAAAGUUCACUUUUCCCGCGACAGCUGCGCCUGCGCCUUAAAAACUAGACAUAAAUAUAUAUAAAUAUAUAUAUAUAAUAGUAUCGAUCUUGGAACUAUCAAAUUGGAAGGAUUGGAGCCGCCAGAGCAGAGGAUUAUAUAUAUAUAUAUAUAUAUAUUCGUUUAUAUAUAUAUAUAUAGCGAGAGAGAGAGAGACGGGGCAGAUCCACCACCGCAGCACAGGCAAAAAAAGCGUGCAGAGGGAAAUGAGAUGAAGUGGUUUCAAGUGACCAUAGAUAUGAUUCUUGUGCUUUCAUUUAUAUCAAGCAGCACAGCGAAUCCGGAUGCGAAACGAUUGUACGACGAUUUGCUGAGCAACUACAACAAACUGGUACGACCGGUGGUCAAUGUGACGGACGCGCUCACCGUUCGCAUCAAGCUGAAGCUAUCGCAACUGAUCGAUGUCAACCUAAAGAACCAGAUCAUGACCACCAACCUGUGGGUGGAGCAGUCCUGGUACGACUACAAGCUCAAGUGGGAGCCCAAGGAGUACGGCGGCGUCGAGAUGCUCCACGUGCCCUCCGAUCACAUCUGGCGUCCGGACAUCGUCCUCUACAACAACGCCGACGGCAACUUCGAGGUGACGCUGGCCACCAAGGCCACGUUGAAUUACACAGGACGCGUCGAGUGGCGACCGCCGGCUAUUUACAAGAGCUCCUGCGAAAUCGACGUGGAGUACUUUCCCUUCGACGAGCAGACCUGCGUCAUGAAGUUCGGCAGCUGGACAUACGAUGGAUUUCAGGUGGAUCUGCGGCACAUCGACGAGCUGAACGGCACCAAUGUCGUGGAGGUGGGCGUGGAUCUGUCCGAGUUCUACACGUCCGUCGAAUGGGAUAUCCUCGAAGUUCCUGCAGUGCGAAACGAGAAGUUCUACACGUGCUGCGAUGAGCCAUAUCUGGACAUCACCUUCAACAUCACGAUGCGGCGGAAGACGCUCUUCUACACCGUCAACCUGAUCAUUCCCUGCAUGGGCAUCAGUUUUCUCACCAUCCUCGUCUUCUACCUGCCAUCGGACAGUGGCGAGAAGGUCUCAUUAAGCAUAUCCAUUCUGCUGUCGCUCACUGUGUUCUUCCUGCUGCUGGCGGAAAUCAUUCCGCCCACAUCGCUGGUGGUGCCGCUGCUGGGAAAGUUUGUGCUCUUCACCAUGAUACUGGAUACCUUCAGCAUCUGUGUGACUGUAUUGGUGCUGAACAUCCACUUCCGGUCGCCGCAGACGCACACGAUGGCUCCUUGGGUGCGGACCGUGUUCAUCAACCAGCUGCCCCGCUUCCUGGUCAUGCGACGUCCGCUCUAUCCGAUCAGCGAGAUGAUCAAAUCCUCGCGCCGCCUGAUGGUGCGCACCUGCAACGGACUCGAACUGAGGGAUCAGAUACCACCGCUGCCACCGCCGGUGGCCUUGUCUCGCAUGCACCACAGCCCGAAGACGACAUCGCGGAGCACCUCGCCGCACCUGCAGCACCGCGUGCAGACCUACAACCUGAUGGACGAGUGCGGCAUGGGCAUGGGCGGCGGUGCCUCCACCAUCACCGGCCAUUUGAGCUCCCUCUAUCCGCCGACCAUGUCGACGGCCAACCAACAGACCUCGACCACAUCCUCGCUGAUCGAUGCCCAGUACCACAAUCAGUACCAGCAGACGGGCGGCUCGCUGCUGGACCAUCCGCUCACGCCCACCAAGUUCCGCCAGAUGACCUCGACCUCCAGCCAGACGGGUCAGAAUGGCAGCGGGAAUGGCAACGGGAACGGUGGCUACGGCGGGCAUGGCCAGAGCGGCGGCCACCACCUGUACCGGCAGCAGUCGAGCUGCUCGGCGAACUUCUCGCCGCUGCCGCAGCACGCCCACCAGGCGCACGCCUCCACCACCACCAGCGAUCUGGGCAUGGCCAAUCCGAAUGUGAUAAAGUCGACGACGACGGUUAACUCGGUGGCCACCGCCUCGACGCUGGCGGACUCCUGCUGCAGCGGCACCAUCCAGAUCCACCAGGGCAUGGGCGCCGGAGCCGCCUGCCAGUCGUCGGAGCUGCUGCACCACCAGCAGCUGCACCAUCAGCAGAUGCACCACCAGCAGCAGCAGCAGCAGCAGCAACAGCAGCACCACCACCAGCGACCCACCACCUCGGCAGCGGCGGCAGCAGCAGCGGCAGCCGCCGGCGGACCCAGCACCUCGGCAGCGGCAGCUGCAGCAGCGGCGGCAGCGGCGGCCGGAACGCCACCCCCACCGCCUCCGCCGGCGGGCGUCUGUGAUAUUCUGCCCGCCUGCCAGCGCGAGGGCGGGCCGCACUGCUGCUCGGGGCGUGGCAAUGUGCGCCAGCGGUGGCACACCUGCCCGGAACUCCACAAGGCCAUGGACGGGGUCACCUACAUUGCGGAUCAGACGCGCAAGGAAGAGGAGAGCACAAGGGUGAAAGAGGACUGGAAGUACGUGGCCAUGGUGCUGGACCGCCUGUUCCUGUGGAUCUUCACAAUAGCCGUGGUCGUCGGCACCGCCGGCAUUAUCCUGCAGGCUCCGACGCUCUACGACACCCGGAUGCCCAUCGAUAUAAAGCUAUCGGAGAUCGCCUCGACGACGGCCAAGCCGAAUGUGGCCAGGCCCGUGUUGUAAGCGGAUCGAUAACUAUCGGUUCGCGGAUCGAUCGAUAUCCAGUAUUUCGGAGAAACCACAAACCACACACAGUCUGAAGGAGCAAAACACAAGUAAUGAAUGAAAUUCGCAUUUGUUUUUUCUUUAACCAGAGGCGGAGGAUAGAAAAAAAGAAACAAAAAUAACAAAAAAAAAAAAAAUAACCACAAAACUUGUUCCAGAAAAACAAAGAGAAGCGACGACGAGAAUCCAAGUAACUAUAACUAAUAAAUUGUAUUUGUUGUAUACAUAAAAGGUA